GCACACCGACUUGUCAGUUGUCAUUAGUCCCAACAUUCCUGCGAACGAGGUGCUGCUUGGCUGUUCAAGGGAACUACCGAUAGUGUGAUGGGGGAUAACAGUUACAAAACCUUUGAGCUUAAUGUGAAGAAAGAAGAACCAACUCUUGUACCUCCUGCAGCAGAAACGGAGAAGGGCCUCUACUUCCUCUCAAAUCUAGAUCAGAACAUUGCGGUCGUAGUUCGUACACUAUACUACUAUAAAUCGGAUUCAAAGGGGAAUGAGGAUGUUGUGGAAGUCAUGAAGAAAGCCUUGUCAGAUGUUCUUGUUCAUUACUAUCCACUGGCAGGAAGGUUAAGUAUAAGCACAGAGGGGAAGCUGAUAGUGGAUUGCACAGGAGAUGGGGCUGUGUUUGUGGAAGCUGAAGCUAACUGUGAAAUGAAGGAGGUAGGAGACAUUACAAAGCCGGAUCCUGUGACUGACGGGAAGCUGAUUUAUGAUGUUCCUGGUGCCAAUAACAUACUUGAGAUUCCUCCUUUGGUUGUUCAGGUGACUAAGUUCAGAUGUGGAGGAUUUGUCCUUGGGUUAAGCAUCAACCAUUGUAUGAAUGAUGGGAUUUCUGCAAUGCAAUUUGUGAACUCAUGGAGUGAGACUGCUAGAGGCGUGCCUCUUAAGGUUCUUCCAUUUCUAGACAGAAGCAUACUCAAAGCGCGAAACCCUCCAAAGAUAGAGUUCCCUCACCAUGAGUUUGCUCAGAUAGAAGAUAUAUCUGAUACCACAAAACUUUAUGAAGAAGAAGAAAUGGUUUAUAGGUCCUUCUGUUUUGAACCAGAGAAGCUCGAAAAGCUCAAGAAAAAGGCCAUGGAAGAUGGGGUUCUUGAAAAAUGCACUUCAUUUGUAGCACUCUCUGCCUUUGUCUGGAGAGCAAGGACCAGAGCCUUAAGGAUGGUACCUGAUCAGAAAACAAAGCUGCUUUUCGCUGUUGAUGGACGGUCGAGAUUUGAGCCAGUGAUACCAAAAGGCUACUAUGGAAAUGCAAUUGUGCUGACAUAUGCAUUAUGCAGUACAGGGGAGCUAUUAGAGAAUCCAUUCUCAUUUUCUGUAGGGCUAGUUGAUAAGGCAAUUCACAUGGUUAGUGAUAGUUAUAUGAGAUCAGUCAUAGACUACUUUGAAGUCACAAGAGCUAGGCCUUCUUUGGCAGCAACUCUUUUGAUAACAACAUGGUCUAGGCUUGAUUUCCACACUACUGAUUUCGGUUGGGGAGAGCCUGUGUUUUCGGGGCCUGUGGGUUUGCCUGAGAAGGAAGUAAUCUUGUUCCUUUCUCACGGUGAAGACAGGAAAAGCAUUAAUGUGUUUUUGGGAAUGCCAGCUUCUGCUAUGAAGGUGUUUGAAGAGUUGAUGCAGAUUUGAGAUUUCAAGUGGUUAAGAAGUAAAACUGAUACUUGACCCCCAAUUCAUUUCAAACAGUGAAGGAAAUCAUGGGAAUAAAAGUGUACUAGAGUUUGCAAGUUCUUAUCUUUCUAUUUUCUUUCAUUUGGAAUUUCGGAUGUGUAUGGCUUUUAUGCUGAUGAGGGUACUAAUAGUUAUCAGCAAUUCAUGAAGAUACUUUGUCGACUUAUGAAUCGGGGAUGUGCUGUUGUAUGCUACUGAUGUAAUUUGUACUAAAAUUCAAUAAACAAGUGCUUGUUAUUG